UUUAGAAAAAAAAAGGACUACACCACGGUGUCCAUCAGUUCAUGGCAUCCAAAAGAGCUAUAAGACCAUAUCAACAGCAUUCGCACGUGUGGGCACCUCUAUCAACCGCACGGUAAUCGCGUUUCUGUUAUUGUUUUGGCUAGCUCCUAAGUCAGACCAUUGCAUAAUGUUGGUUGAAUCUUUUGCUUCUCCAGGUUGGUUGUGUAUCGUUUAGCCAGGGAUCUGCCGUGCCGUAUCGAAAUCGGAUUCUAUGAUAUGAGCCUAUUGCGGCUUGAUAUUAUAGUCUGCUGCAUGAGUAGGUAAUGAAGGGUUUUCAUGAGAGGAAUGAUUCUCUGAAUUGCUCUUCUAAAGCUUCUAUUGAUAGCUCACCUACCCCUGGAACUGGAUCAGAACCAGGUCCCAACGACUCUAAGUUCUCAAAGACUUCUCUCUGGUCAAAUUUCUUUGCUUCUGCUUUCUCAGUAUUUGACACAUACAGUGAGUCGUCUUCAUCUUCGGCUUGUGAAAAGAAGUCCUCAUUUUCUAAAACCAAUGGGUGGACAGCAGCUGUGAAGAGGGUUGUCUCCGGUGGCUCAAUGAGGAGAAUUCACGAGCGUGUUUUAGGGCCGAGCAAGAUUGGAAUAUCUAGCUCAACUAGCGACAUAUGGCUUCUAGGUCUCUGCUAUAAAAUUUCACAGGAGUCCUCUGGAGACGUGGAUGCCACCAGUGCAUUAGCUGCAUUCAAACAAGAUUUUUCAUCACGAAUAUUGAUGACAUAUCGUAAAGGUUUUGAUGCUAUUGGCGAGACAAAAAUCACAAGUGAUGCCAGUUGGGGUUGCAUGCUUAGAAGUAGCCAGAUGCUUGUUGCACAGGCAUUGCUUUUUCAUAGAUUGGGGAGAUCUUGGCGAAAACCUUCACAAAAGCCAUUUGACCUAGCAUAUAUUGAGAUUUUGCAUCAGUUUGGUGAUUCUGAGGCCUCAGCUUUCUCCAUUCAUAAUCUUGUUGAAGCUGGAAAGAAUUAUGGACUUGCUGCUGGGUCAUGGGUAGGCCCAUAUGCCAUGUGUCGCUCGUGGGAAUCUCUUGCUCGCAGUAAGAGGGAGGAAAAUGACCUUGAAUGCCAGUUACUUCCUAUGGCUGUUUAUGUUGUUUCUGGUGAUGAAGAUGGUGAGAGAGGAGGAGCUCCGGUCGUCUGCAUUGAAGAUGCUUCUAGACAUUGUUUUGAAUUUUCACGACACCAAGCUGACUGGACACCUAUUCUUUUGCUUGUACCCUUGGUUCUUGGACUUGACAAAGUAAAUCCCAGGUAUAUUCCAUCGCUGCAAGCAACAUUCACCUUUCCGCAGUGCCUUGGCAUUUUGGGUGGGAAACCUGGUGCCUCAACUUACAUUGUUGGCGUUCAAGAAGAAAAUGUUUUCUACCUUGAUCCACAUGAUGUUCAGCCGGUAGUUAAUCUGAGUUCGGAUAAUCUGGAGGCUGAUACAUCAUCUUAUCACUGCGAUAUUAUACGAUACAUUCCUCUGGAUUCACUUGAUCCAUCCUUGGCAAUUGGAUUUUUCUGCCGAGACAAAGGUUUUCCUGUUAAUCUUAUGAUUUCGAUGAUUUUUGUUUCCGGGCAUCCAAACUAGCUGAUGAAUCGAAUGGUGCUCCCUUGUUCACUGUUGCUCAAACUCAUAGUGUUUUUAAGCCUAUUAACCACGGUGAUACUAUGGCUGAUGCCGGUGGUGAUCGAAUGGAUGAUUCCAUUGGUGUACUGCCUACAGGUGAUGUGGAUGGCAACAGUCAUGAGGAUGACUGGCAGCUCCUUUGAUGGAGCUUUCUGUAUCUUCUACCGGAUUGUUAUGUAGACGUAAUAGAAGAACCAUGAUUACAACGUGUGUAGGUUAGUAUUUUGAGUUGUAAUGAUUCUUUCACUAAAUUUCAAACUAUUUGCUAAGUUAUAAUUUAUAUAAUUGACUACCAGUGAUCAACAGAUACGUGCAAUUAUUGUUGGAUUUUAUUUGGCAGACAUUCUAUUUCAAUGUUAUAUUAUUUAGAAGAUGAGGUAAA